AUGUGUGAAUGUGUGUGUGUGUGUGUUUGUGUGUGGGUGGGUGUGCGAUGUUGGCGGAGCGAGACGAGGAAGAGGAUUGAUGGCGUCGACCACCAACUUGGAGUCCGGUCAUGUGGCACGGUUGAUCUGUUGUCGGCCAGUCGAGGUGGUCCGAUCGGGGAGCCGGUUGGAGGAUGGGAUUGUCGGAAAAAGCGUAACAAUUGCAAAGGCUCCGUCGGGUCGAAGCGAGUUGGCCGGACGACUUGA